AUGGAGAAUCCUAGACCAAAGGAUGAGAAGGGUCCUUGUCCUGCUUAUCGUUCAAAGUAUAGUGAUUGGACUGAUGCAAAGGCAAUGUUGGAGCAUCGUCAACAUGGUCUAUUACGAUAUAGAAUCAAACAGAAUGAUGAUAUCAAGUUCACAACGUACACGGCACUAUCAAUGUUUGAUUAUGGACAUAUAGAUGUGGACACUUUCAAAGCAGUCUACAACAAGUAUCAAUCAUUCUUCAAUCAUAAGAACAUACUCAAUAAUGCCAUCAAAUCUGAGGUCCAGGACAAACAAGUGAUUGGCAUCUUGUUGGAACAAACAAGACCGAUGAUAUUUUAUCGUGAUGUAUCCCGGCUGAUAGAUCUGUGCGAGAGUGGAUCAUACGAGUUGCUCAAGUAUCUGUUGGACUCUGGUCACUACUAUCAUGUUCAAUGGAAAUGGUCACAAAUCAACAUGGAGAAACUAUUUAAGAAGAUAUCAGCAUCGUCUAUUCAAUACCUCCUCAACCCUGACAACAACUUCCCUCAGUCAUUGACCGAUCGAAUCAAACGGAGCUCGAGUCAGUACGUCACCGAGAUACUGGCUAAGGGUGACCAACAACUCAUUGAUCAACUUCUGUUCAAGGAUGGAGUAAAACUAUUCAAUGGACCAAUCACAGACCGCUUGAUGCUUCCGAUCACAGCUUCACCAACACAACAGCUGGAACGCUUUGAACGAUUGCUUCCACUUGAUGACACACUCAAUGACCAAGCAAUCAGUCGUAUCUCAAUGUCCAAGAGUAUAGCCUUGAAGUUAACUGAUGAGCUGCAUUACACUCGUCAAGACACAGACAUUGGUGAUGAACAAAGGAUGAUCUUUGUCAAGCUUGGUGAGCUGGAGAAGUCGAUGGUCGCAUCGAGGACCAGACCGUUGGAUAGAUACAUGGUACAUGAGUACAUUGUCACUGGAGACUGCAUGCUCUUACCAUACUUGAUCAUUCAUCCAAAGAGGAGUUACCACAAACAUGAGGUGCAGAACAUUGUCAACGAGAUAAUCAAACAUGGCAACCUCACUCAACUCAUUGUAGCCAUUGGUCUGUUGGACAAUGAGCUCAUACCCAAGCACAAACGCCGAGAUGCUCCAUUAGAACGCUUGGCAUACUUUGGCAACAUGUACAAUGCAUUCGUCGACGCGGAUAACAUGACCAAGAGUCUUGAGUGCAUCAAGUAUCUCAAUCAACACGAUGUUGUCCAGGGCAUUGUUCCACAGAUCGAGAGGAAACAAAUCACACUGUUGAGGACGCCUCCAAUGUUUGUGUUGGCUUUCCUCAUGUCCACCGACAACAAUAUAUUCCCAAAAGAAUUGCUUCGUGAGAAGCUUGUAUUGAUGGAGCCACAACAGAUUGACUUUGUUCUCAAUAACAUGCCAUCAUUCUUCAAUCGCUACGCUGGUGUAUGUCUCAAUGAGUUGGACUUUAUAGUCUACACUCACUAUGCAAUACUGAAUAACAAUCAACGUGGAAAGGACAUCUUCAGUACGUUACUGUACUAUGUUGGAUGGAGAACAAAGGCGUUGGAGCCUACUAUUCAUUACUUCACGUCUCAUGGCAGGAUGAACAUGGAAGCAGUUCAUUUUAUAUUGGACCAGCUCCACUUGGCACCAUCAGAGGAGCUCACAGCAAAGAUUGGCAUAGAAGGAGUUGUUAGAAUGUUCAGAUUGUUCAAGUUUGAUCAUCUAUUGGAGAACUCAAUCAACGACCUUUCAAUCAUGUUCAACAUAGCAAUAGUGUUCAACGAGCAUGACUUGGCCAAGCACAUCUACAAGUAUCAGAAAGGAAUGAUCGAUGCAUACACUCUCCAAACCAACAGUUCAUACAUAGAUUAUUGGAACAAUGAAUGA